GACUUUGAUUCUGUGCACAAAUCAGUCAAGAAUUGAGAAAGCUUAAGUGGGUAUUCAGUAUUCACUGUUUUUGAAGGAAAAAACAACUAAAAGGGGAUUUUUUUGGGUUCAAAGUGUUGAUCUAUGUGUGGUUUCAGUUCAAAGGGCUGAUCUUUUGUGUGAUUUUGUUUCAGAUAAGAGCUUGGUUAAGUGCAUAAACGGUCAAUAAUGGAGAAAAAUGAAGUGGGUGUUUAGUGGUUUUGAAGAAGAAAGGGAAAAUUAUUGGUUCUAAAGGGCUGAUUUUGUGUAUUUUUGUGAUUUAGUACAUACAAAAAGUGAAGAACUGAAGUGGGUGUUUUCCUGGUUCUGGAGAGGAGCUAGGUUGAAUUUUUUCGGUUCGAAGGACUGAUCUUUGUGUAAUUUUGGUUCACAUUGGUGCUUUGUUGAGAAGAUUUUUGUUUUGGAAUGGAAGGAGUGAUGGGUGCAAACACUGCUCAAACAAGUUCAGUCAAUAAAUCCCAAGUUCUGGAUGUAAAACCGGUACGCACUUUGGUUCCUAUAUUCCCAGGGCCGUCCGAGGGUGCUCCUUUUGUUUGUGUAUCUCCUAACGGCCCUUUCCCAUCCGGGUUUUCGCCCUUUUUCCCAUUUAGCGGAUCAAGCCCUAACCAAAAUGGCGUCAAUCCAACUGCUUCACCGAUUCGACCGUUUACGGUCGAACCUUCUAAUGGCCAGAACGAAUCACCACCGAUGGCUGCACGUGGUGAUCAAGGACAGAAACCGGCUACAACAAUGGCUGCACAUGGUAAUCAAGGACAGAAACCAGCUACACCAAUGGCUGAACAUGGUAAUCAAGGACAGAAACCGGCUACACCGGUGGAUGCACACGUUAAUCCUAUCAAGAAAAGGGGUAGGGGAAGACCGAGGACUCGGUUUCCUUAGUAGCCGCUGCUUGGUAAUCUCAAUGCUGGAGUUAGUGUAUCUGAACAAUAAGAUGUUAACAUGGGUGACUAGGCUGGAAAGCGUGGGUUUCUAGGUAUGAUGCAUUUAGGAGGAAACAUUAGCCGAAAGGAAGAUGCGAACGAAUCGAAUAUUCCGGCAGUGCUGGAUACAGGGUUGCCGACUGAUACGAGAGAGAUAAUCGGGGUCGUUUGAUGACGGAAUCGUAGACCAUCGAUUUCUUCCUAAUGGUGAUUUACAGGGAGAGCUGUUGGUAUUCUUUGAGAAGGUAGAUUUUCGUGUAUUUCUUCUUCUAUAUCGUAUCCUUGUAUCCGUUCUCGAAUAUGCGUAGAUCGCGAGUUUACACAAGUACUUUAAGAACAAUGAAGAGUCGAAAUCUUUCGAUAUC